CGCUGUCCCUUUAACGUGGGAGGAGGGGCCAAGGCUGCGGGAAGUUGCCAGAAGCUGGGAAGAGCUGGUGCCCUCGCAGGCUGCAGGCUGGUGGGCAGCAGGCUGGAGCCGGGCUGGGUCUGGGCACUGUUCAGCAGGCAGGUCUCGGUGUUAAUGGUCACUUCCUGCAAAUAGGCCUUUCGUGACCUCUCUAUCCACAGAAUGCGUUCCCCUGGGCUCCCUGCUGUCACUCAUCUCGAACAUCUCUCUUGGAGAACUUGCAGAUGGAAAGAGAAUUCAAAGCCCUCUCUGCCAACCCAAUACUCACAGAUCUGAUUUGCAUCCUGAUUCAAACUGUUAGAAACCCCAAAUCACUGACAGCAAAACCAACUGUUUAUCCCAUUUAAUGAGAUGAUUGGAAAGAAUGUGAGCUCUGGCAAAGCAGGGGCUGCCUCUGACAUGUGCGCUCCAAAAUCUGGAACCUCCUGGCACAUAGUAGGCCCCCUGGGGGUUGCUGGGAUGGAUCACUCUCGAACAGGCUGUGCUAAGGCUGAGCACUUCCACGUGGUCACGCCUCUGCUGGAGAGCUGGGCACUUUCCCAGGUGGCAGGUGUGACUGUCUUCCUCAAGUGCGAGAAUGUGCAGCCGGCCGGCUCCUUCAAGAUCCGGGGCAUUGGGCAUUUCUGCCAGGAGGUGGCCAAGAAGGGAUGCAGACACCUGGUGUGUUCCUCAGGGGGCAACGCAGGCAUUGCAGCUGCUUAUGCUGCUCGGAAGCUGGGCAUCCCUGCCACCAUUGUGCUCCCUGAGGGCACCUCCCCGCAGGUGGUGAAGAGGCUGCAGGGGGAGGGGGCAGAGGUUCAGCUGACUGGAAAGGUUUGGGACGAGGCCAGUCUGAAGGCACAAGAGUUGGCCAAGAGGGAUGGUUGGGUGAAUGUCCAUCCAUUUGACCACCGUCUGAUCUGGGAAGGCCAUGCCAGCCUGGUGCGAGAGCUGAAGGCAGCACUGGGGACUCCACCAGGGGCCCUGGUGCUGGCAGUAGGGGGUGGAGGGCUCCUGGCUGGGGUGUCAGCUGGCCUGGCAGAGGUGGGCUGGCAGCAUGUGCCCAUCAUUGCUGUGGAGACCCGAGGGGCACACUGUUUCAAUGCAGCCAUCAAGGCGGGCAGGCUAGUCACGCUGCCAGAAAUCACCAGUGUGGCCAAGAGCUUGGGUGCCAAGACUGUGGCAGCAAGGGCCCUGGAGUGCACGCAGGAGCUGGAGAUCAUCUCUGAGGUGGUGGAGGAUGUCCAGGCUGUGAGCGCUGUGCAGCGGUUCCUGGAUGACGAGCGCAUACUGGUGGAGCCUGCCUGCGGGGCAGCUUUGGCUGUCAUCUACUCAGGCCUCCUGGAGAGGCUCCAGGCUGAGGGCCGCUUGCACUCCCCGCUGGCCUCGGUUGUGGUCAUUGUGUGUGGAGGCAAUAGCAUCAAUAGCGGAGGGUUACAGGCUCUGAAGGCCCAGCUGAGUCAGAGCUGAGGCUUCCUCGCUUGGGAUGGACACCCCUGUAGCUGGUGAGGGCAGCCUGUGUUCCUGGAUGGCAGUGGAAGCUGCCCUGUGCUCCUGUGCCAGCUGCCUCCUGCAGGAAGCCCUCCUGAAAUGCUCCCUUUGGCUCCCCUGCAGCCCUGGCCAAUAAACACUCUGAGUUGAAUUUGUAA